AUGCCCAGCUGUGUCCAACGAUGCCCAGUAGUGUCCAAUGAUGCCCAGCUGUGUUCAACGGUGCCCAGCGGUACCCAGCGGUGCCCAGCGGUACCCAGCGGUGCCCAGCGGUACCCAGCGGUGCUCAGCGAUACCCAGCGGUGCACAGAGGUGCCAAGCGAUGCCCAGCGGUGCACAGAGGUGCCAAGCGAUGCCCAGCGGUACCCAGCGGUGCCCAGCGUGCUCAGCGAUACCCAGCGGUGCACGGUGCCAAGCGAUGCCCAGCGGUGCACAGAGGUGCCAAGCGAUGCCCAGCGGUACCCAGCGGUGCCCAGAGGUGCUCAGCGGUAUACCCAGCGGUGCACAGCGGUACCCAGUGGGGCCAAGCGGUACCCAGUGGGGCCAAGCGGUGCCCAGCGGUGCCCAGCGGUACCCAGCGGUGCCCAGCGGUGCCCAGCGGUACCCAGCGGUGCCCAGCGGUGCCCAGCGGUGCCCAGCGGUACCCAGUGGUGCCCAGCGGUGCCCAGCGGUGCCCGGGGAGGCGGCGGCUCAUCAAACACAGUCCGCAGUGACAAACAGUAA